AUGGCGCUACCAGCCUACCGUGCCCUCCUCCGCGCCACGCGCAUCGCAUUCGCCAAUGACACCGCCCUCCUGCACAGCUCCCGCGCCCAGAUACGGGAAGGCUUUCGGAGCAAGCGAUCACUGGAGCCUGGAUCGGCGGAAGUGGAAGGGGCGGUAAAGCACGCGGAGGGUGUUGCGGAGGUCUUGCGGACCAAUGUUGUGCAGGGGAAGAGGAUAGGUGGGGUGGAGGGGGAGGGAGAGGGCGUUUACAAGUUGAACAUACACAAGGACACCGAGCGAGGGGACAACGACACGGUGAAGAACCCGAGAGGGACGGGUGGGGUAGUCAAGGUCGAUACUGGAGGCGCCUGA